UCAAUUCCCCAAUUCCCCCCUCCAAACCCUCUCAACCUCUCCACCCUCCCGCCGAUCCGAUCCGAUCCGCUCCUCUCCUCGACCCAUCCCCGCACGGAACGAGCGAUGGCGAGGGGCGAGAACAGCGAGUCGCACGGCAGCGGCAACGUCCCGGCGGCCCCCGCACCAGGGGCGGCGUCAGCGUCCUCGGGGAAGCAGGCGCCGGCGGCCGCGCGUGGCGCAGACGGGCAGUCGGUGGUGCGGCGGCUGCAGUCGGAGCUGAUGGCGCUGAUGAUGGGCGGCGACCCCGGGGUGUCGGCGUUCCCGGAGGGGGACAACAUCUUCCAGUGGGUCGGCACCAUCGACGGAUCCGCCGCCACCGCGUACGAGGGCACCUCCUACCGCCUCGCGCUCGCCUUCCCCAGCGACUACCCCUACAAGCCGCCCAAGGUGCGGUUCGAGACCCCCUGCUUCCACCCCAACGUCGACAACCACGGCAACAUCUGCCUCGACAUCCUCCAGGACAAGUGGUCCUCCGCCUACGACGUCCGCACCAUCCUCCUCUCCAUCCAGAGCCUGCUCGGAGAGCCGAACAACGACUCCCCGCUCAACACACAGGCGGCCGCGCUCUGGGCGAAUCAAGAAGAGUUCAGGAAGAUGGUGGAGAAGCUCUACAAGCCGGCGUGAAGAGGAAGAAGAAGGCGGGAUCUGUCGGAUUGGCGGCGCCACAUGGGCGUCGAUUGAUCGGAUCUGGUGUUGGAUAGAUACUUGGACAUGUAAUUGGUUGGAGCUUCGAUUGCUCGGUGGGUUUAGCAAACCUGUUGUUUCUGAUGUCAUGCUGUUCUCCCAUCGCUGAGAUGGGCAUAUACUUUACUGAAAUAAUCAGGUGUUCUAUAGAUUUUUCAA